AAGAUUUAAGAAAGGAAUGUUCCCCUACGAAAAAAACCCGGAAUGGUGGCCAGGCUCACUCCGUGGUCCUUCAUGCGAGGUUGCACCGUCGCGAUAAUAUCAGGUUGUUAAUUACCCCCACAGUGAUUUAACCCCCAGAGUAGAGCGUUACGACCUUUUUACCUAUAAACAACGUAGAUCGGUGCACAAACGCGGUGUCAUAUAUAAAAUGAUUCUAGGUUUCUAUCUUCACACGUUCGACUCUAUGGUGAAAUAACAAUUUCUUCGAGGUGCGACAAAAGCUGGAAACUUCACUUCAGCGGUUCAGCUGUUCGACGUAGGCGACACAGAGAACCGUUCUACAGCAGUUUGAAGAUCUCAAUCGCCAACGAAACCAAGGAAGUUUAGCAGUAUAUGUUUGGUGGAGCUUUCGAGAUGCCUGACCCUACCACUGAUGAAUGGUUAAAAGAUGAGAAGAACCCCAUCCCCUUUCCUGAUAAUUUCAUUGCGGCCGCUUAUCUCAGCCUUGCAAUGACAGCGGGGGUCAUAGGCAAUGGUUGGUUAGUGGUAGCGUACUUCAGGAACAAACUGAAAAGCCAGUACAACAGCUUAAUCCUCAAUCUGGCGCUCGCUCAGAGUUUGAUGCUGAUGACAUUUCCGGUGAAAAUCGCGGCGUUAUUCGUGGGAGAGUUCCAGAAUGAAUUUCCAUUUGGUUGGCUGAGCUGUCAACUUAUCGGUUGUCUCAGCUUUGUCUCCGGGAUCGCUUCCAUUAUGACGCUUUUUGCUAUGAGUGUGGAGAGAUACUACGUGACACGCAACCCGCGUAACGCUCAACAAAAUCAGGUGUUUUCUUGGCUUCUUUCCAUCUGGAUCUUUUCCAUCGGCUGGGGGAUCAUGCCCUUGGCAGGUUGGAGUGAAUAUAGACCGGAAGCAAAUCAGAUGUCAUGUACGAUCGACUGGCAUGGCAAAGACCCCCGCACCAUCUCAUACCUUGUAUGCAGUCUGGCAUUGGUGUGGUUUUUACCAACAUCCGUCAUGACUGUCUUCUUUGGGCGGAUACUGUGGCUACGGCGUGUCAAGGUGGGGCCGAGUGUGGAUAUGGCCACCAUUGAACAGGCCAGCGAGCAAGAUGUUCACGUACAGUGGCACCAGACUUGGGCGUCCCUGGCCAUGCUCAUUUCCUUUCUGGUGUGCUGGACCCCAUAUGCCAUUAUUUCCGUCCUCGGCAACACACUGGGUGCCGUCUCCGUCAGCCCCGCCGGCUCCCUGGUGGCUCCAAUCAUGGCCAAGACUUUCGUCAUCCUCAACCCAGCCAUCUACUUCCUCUUCGAACACAUCGACAUGUUUAACGAAGCUCCUCGGGCUGCAAGGGCCGAGACUUUGACUCCGAUUUCCGUCUUGGCAAGUUUGGAUAUGUAUCGGCGAUCCUCCUCUCUCCCUGGUACAGUUCACCGGGCCUCCGAACUCAGCCGACUUUCUGUCACGGUUUCUUUGUCGGCGUCGGCAUCUUCGUCUCAUCUCAUCAAUUCAGUCCGACGGUUCCAAGAACAGCAAUUAACAACUACAAACUGUCAGGAAUGAGUUCCGAAAAACAUCACCCUAAUCCUAAUUCGGCAAAAUCUUUCAACUAUCAGUAGCAGUAGCUUGGUGGUUAUCUUCUCCUCUUUUAAAUAAUACCCAAAUAUACAAGCGAGCUCGUGCUACAUAUAGUUUUGCUAUUAGCUAAAAAUGUUGUAUGAACAAACUUGUUUUUAGUAAUUGGAUUU